UGCCCCGUUGCCGGCCAGCUGCCUAUUGCCAGCUCUUCGCAGGCGGCCCCGCCUAGACCGCGAUGACGGAUACCGCGAUACCUUAGCCAUCGCCGAGCUAUUUGACCACGACCAGCGCCGGCCUCGUGCUCCCAUGAUCCGUCGCCAUGGACAGCUCUACGGCCCUGUUAGACGAGGGCCCCGAUCCGCCGCCGCGCAUUCUUGAACGACUCCGCCAGCUUGCCGGCUAUGCCUGGAACGAGGACCAGCGCCCUUACCACUCUAGCUACGAUAACUGGCAUGUCUUUGGUACUCGAUUUGUUUCGCCCUACUCUAGCUCGCUGGGUAGCCCGCCACAGCCCUUCGCGAGCCCGCCAGCUCCUGGCAAACUUUCGACACAUUCAAGUGGUCGCUCCACCGGCGAGAUUCCAACGGUCUCAGGCCUGCAUAGCGAAGGUCUGGGCGACAGGUCUGCGGCUUCACCACCCAUCUUUUCGACGGCAGCGAGCGAUCUCAACAACAUAGAGGAGCAGAAAAUUGUCGCUCGCAUUUCAUACUACACCCUCCGUGAGGAACGUACUUUUCACAUAGCCAAGAACUUGAGCACGACUGCGGAUCCCGAAGGCCGCCACAUUGUGAAGCCCAUCGACCUCAUUCGUUUGACACCACUGCCCGGCGAUCGGGCUGCCAUAAUAGUUUCGAUUUACGAGAACCCCGGCCCGAACUACCUCUUUCAGAAGGUUGACCUGGGCCCAGCCUUUUUCUUCGCGGAAAAGUUUGAAGACCGGCUCGAUGUCACUCCGUCCGCCCAGACCGAACUCCAGAAUCCAAUCACGAUAUCAGACUUUCUCGAGUUUGCCAUUGGAUCCACACAAUGCCUGGAAAUACUGCACCACGCCGGGAUGGUUCAUGGAGAAAUCAGGGCGGACGCUUUCCACUUCAACAUUGACACCAGCUGCGUCAAGCUAGUCUCGUUCGGUUCCGGAGUCAGGUCAUUCGAGCAGGGCCUCACCAGCAAUGGCUGGUCAACGUUAUCCAAGGAGCUCGGAGCGAAGAAUAAACUCAUCUACAUCAGUCCGGAGCAAACAGGUCGGAUGCCUGCCGAGCCUGACACAAGGACGGAUAUCUAUUCUCUGGGUGUAGUCUUCUGGACACUUCUUACUCAACAGCCUGUAUUCACAGGCGCGACGCCUUUGGACAUUGUCCAAUGUGUGCUUUCGCGGCGGAUCCCACUUGUGUCCAGUAUCCGCACAGACGUACACGAGGUUCUCGCCCGCAUCAUACAAAAAUGCACAGCCAAGAAUAUCGCAGAGCGCUACCAUUCCGUAAGCGGCCUCAGGUUUGAUCUGCAGAUGGUCCAGAACUUCCUCGGCGAAGGUGACUUCUUGGCGCUCAAAGAGUGGCGGAUUGGUUCCAGGGAUGUCUCGUCGUUCUUCAUGCUGCCCACGGUGAUGGUUGGACGGGCCAAGGAGAGAGCAGAGCUUAUCAAGGUCAUUGACAGGGUUGCAAACAGCCACAGCGGGUUCGGCAGUUUCAAUAACGCCAAUCGUGCUUCCGAUGCCUCUGCCUUAUCCAACGAUAUCGUCGAUGCGGCCGAUGCUUCUAGCGAAGGCGCAAGUUCGGUCGACGGUGGUAAUCGAAGAAGCGGUUCAUUUACGCAGACCAUCUCCUCCGACCCAAGGCAUUCCCGCAUCAUGGCCCAGUCCUCGCUUUAUAACGACACGCAGACGAUUGCAAGCGACACCAUUUCAUUCGGCCACACAAGCGGGCCGAGUUCUCGACGGGGUUGGGACAAGCACUACAGCUUUACUUUUGAGUCAAGGAGUCACCUCGAUGGCAUGAGCGAGCGCCAAGCGUCACGACAAAGCGUGUCCGACAUCUCCAGCAUCCUGUCCAGACAGCUGGGCUCCAAGUUUCGCAGACGCGGCCAAUGCGAAGUUGUCACUAUUGCCGGCGCUGGAGGGCUAGGCAAGAGUUUUCUCGUCCAGCAAGUACUUGCCGAUGUGCGUAGGCGCGGGUACUGUGCCACUGCCAAAUUUGAUACCGCUCGCAGGGUAGCUUUCGGGCCCUUGCUUAAGCUUAUCUCGUCUUUGUUCAAGCAAGUCUGGGGCGAGAGAAACACGGAAACACCUUUGCACUUGGCGCUCAAGGACUAUGUGCGCCCAAUUUGGUCGAAUCUGCACAAGACUUUGGGGCUCCCGGAGUUCCUCCUCGGUUCACCCGAUGCGAGAAUCGCCCGAUCAGUAUCCUCUGCCCAGAAUACAGUUGACUUGCGUAUGAAGCGAAGUCCCAUCAAACGCCGAGGCUCGUCACCCGGGAAAUCCCCUCCAGGCUCGGCUCCUUCGAGAAGCCCACGAGUCACCUCGCAAUCAUCGCAAGAUUUCCUAAGGUCCAACGCUUCCACAAAGACCAUUCGUUUGAUGAACACUUUUCUCGACAUUCUUCGGAUCUUCUCAAGUUAUCACUUCAUCGCCCUCUGCCUGGAUGACCUGCAUUAUGCGGAUGACGAGUCACUCGACCUCAUUACUCAGCUCAUCGCCGCGCGACUGAAGAUUCUCCUGAUCCUCACAUACCGUCCAGAUGAGCUCGACCUCGACAAGCUCGAGCGAGUGAUCAGCCCUGCCGAGCCCGAAGAUCACCCCAAGGCGGUCGGACCGCGAGUCACCACGAUAAACUUGUCUCCGUUGUCCGAAGCGGAAAUCAUACAAUAUGUCGCCACCACUUUGUGUCGACCAGCCGAGGAUGUUGCCUCACUGGCUCUGGUGAUUGAGUCGAAAACUGCAGGCAAUCCAUUCUAUAUGAGAGAGAUGCUCAAUGCCUGCCAUCGGAAAAAAUGUAUAUGGUAUGACCACCGUGAAAGUCGGUGGCUCUUUGACCUUGACAGGUUAUUUGAGCAGUUCCAAGGCGAACACGAUUAUGACAUACUCGACAACGCCUUCAUCUUGCGCCGCUUGCAUGAACUACCACUUGCUUCGCGCUCCAUUCUGGCCUGGGCCUCGCUCCUAGGCAAUUCCUUCUCAUUCGCCCUCAUUUCACAACUCCUCACCGGGGAGUUUUCUGACCAGGCUGGAUGCCGACUGCAAUCAGGUGCAGCGUCAUCUCAUUACGGAUUCUCGAAGCAAGACGCAGUGGCCGGUCUUCAAGCUGCCGUAAAUGCUUGCAUCAUCGUCCAGAGCGAAACUGAUGAUCGUUUCCGGUUUGUGCAUGAUCGGUACAUCCAAGCCGCUUCAACAUUGGAGGAGUCAGACACAGCCAAGAUGCAUUUUGUGAUUGCUCAGACCCUCAUGAAGCACUCGGACCUGUUUUCUCCAUCCUCUGACAGCAUUGCUUCUCACAUCUGCGAGGCGUCAGAUAUCAUCAAGAGUCGCCUCACUGUGCGACGACCCUUUCGACAGCGCUUAAUGGAUAGCGCAGCAGAGGCUGCUGAGAAUGGCGCGAGGCCCACAGCCAUCAAAUACUACUCGCGAGCCCUCGAUUUGCUUCAACCGAAUCCCUGGUCAACAACCGAGGAGGAUGUCAGUUAUGAUGAGACACUGCAAUUGUUCCUACGCACGGCGGAAUGUUACGUCUACAUGGGCAACAGUACCCUCGCAUCCGGGCUGCUGCAGACAAUCUUCAAUCAGGCAGAAACUGCUGGAGACAAAGCCCCGGCUUGGUUACUCUUGUCCCGCAUACAAGCCCAGAACGGCGACUCCGAGUCCGCAAGAAUCACCUUGAAGCAGUCUCUUUCGCAUCUCGCAGUGCCCUUCGACCCAGAGCCGACCUACGAGAAAUGCGACGAGGUCUUUAUGAAGCUUGCGACGCGCAUAAAAUCAUUAGAGAAACCGAAUGUUCCAAUUCCACUUGGAACUCUGGACGCCAGGCGCCUGAUCAUAGGGUCGAUCCUCUCUGAUGCUUGCAGUGCAGCCUGGUGGAGUGACUGCCUCGACUUUUACAAUCUGUCACUCACUCUGAUCAAUCUCCAUCUCGAUGAAGGCCCAUUCCCGCAAUCUGGGAUGGCCUUUCUACACAUUUCUAUGAUAGCACUUGCCCGCUUCAACAUGAUCGAGUACGCGGCAGAGCUUGGUAGCAUUUGCGUCGAAUUCCUGGACAAAUAUCGCGAUCCGUUCUCUCAGGCUCGCGGCUACAUGAUUCACUCCAACUUCGUCAGCCAUAUCAAUGUCCCAAUGGGCGAGGCUGUCUCCCAUCUUGAGAACAUAGUCGAAUAUGCCGCCGCUGCCGGUGAUCGUAUCAGCACGAUCCUGGCUUUUGGGCUUUCGGCCCAGAUGCGGUUCUUCGCCAGCGAGAACGUCAUCGACCUGGAGGCGGUCUGCCAGUAUUGUUGCGAAGAGGUUCCUGGGUGGCAUCUGGAUACCAGAGGUGGCACCUUCCUGGUUACUGUACGACAACUCUGCCGUGCGCUUCAGGGUAAAACGAACGUGUCAUCCGCGAAAGAAGUCAUGUCAGAUGAGCACCACUCCUCAAGCAACUACAAGAAGUGGCUGCAUACCACUACGCGCAAUGGUGGUCGAUCUGUUCUCCUGUAUGAGACGAUGGAAAUUAUCCCACUGUUUCUCUAUGAGCACUACGAGCAGGCUUGCGAGCUGGGGAGACGAUGCUUAGACAGGCUUGGCUUGAUCUGGUCUGCGCGCAAUACGCGCGUGGUCCUACUCUAUUAUGGUCUAUCGCUUUCUGGGCUCAUGCUGCGCAAGAUCAACGACCCUCGCAAUACAGGUGUUGACUUGAGUAACGACAUCAAGGAGACCAUAGAUCAAAUUGAUGGCUUCAACAAGAAGAUCAAGGACUGGCAAGAGGUUUCAGAUGUCAACUACCUGGCUUGGUCGAAAUGGCUUGAUGCCCAAGUGGCAGAGCUCCGUGGCGACCAUGGCUUCGCCAUCGAGAAAUACGAGACCGCACUUGACCAUGCCUCGGAGCACAGUUUUGUCUUUGAGGAAGCCCUGGGCAGCUAUCUCAUGGCCGGGUUUUUCAUCCGCCGGUCUGCACGGAGGUCAGCUGCUGCUGUGCUACGCGAAAGCGUCGGCCUAUGGAGACAACUCGGCGCCACAGGCAUCACUGCACGGAUAGAGGAAGAGCAUGUGCUACUCCUCAAGGGCCCAACGCGACAUUUCAGGACAGCUGAGGUCGCAGUACAAACCGAAAUUGCUGGAGAUACCGCUGGAGUCGCAUACACACCAGAUUCCGAAGAACUGCCAGCGACCUUACAGCCUACAAUUGCAGAGUCGAACGCCGCACGGAUGGCCGCAUGGAGAGGUUCAAUGCCUCCAGAUACCGGAGUCGGGCUUCCGGCACUUGAUAUGAUCGAUCUGCAUUCCAUUCUCCUGUCCUCCCAGAUCAUCUCUUCCGUCCUACAGGUGGAUGAGCUACUGAAGACAAUGUGCCAGGUCAUCCUCGAGAACUGCGGCAGCUCAGCAACACAAGCGUCGAUCGUCAUCCAGGACGAAGGCGAUGGCAGUGGAGAAUGGUGCAUCGCUGCCAGCGGUGACCCGGAGCGCGGUGCUACAGCGCAUCAUCCGCGACUGCCACUUUCGGGAGCAUCUCAUGUCGCAGAGAACGUCAUCUUGUAUUGCACACGUUUCCGAGAGCCACUGUUUAUCCCCGAUCUUUUGAGCGAUGAGCGAUUCGGCAAUGUCAACAACACAUGGCUGCAGCGAAAUCCUCUGAGCAAAGCCGUCAUUGCGAUCCCCAUUUGCCACGGCUCGAAGCCUCUCUUGGGUGUCCUGUAUCUUGAGGGUCAGCCCGGUUCCUUUACUGACCGGAACGUGACCGUACUGCAAUUGCUUGUCAACCAGAUAGGGAUCAGCUACUCGAAUGCACUAGCAAUGAAGGCGGUCGAGAAGGUCUCUGCGGAAAAUAACUCGAUGAUCGAGGUGCAGCGGAAGAUGGUCGUUCAAGCUCGUGAAGCUGAGACCAAGGCCAAGAACGCGGAGGCCGAAGCGAAACGUAACGUCAAGAUCGCCGAGGAGGCUGCAAAGGCCAAAGGCAUCUUCCUGGCAAACGUAUCGCACGAGCUGCGAACACCACUCAACGGUGUCAUUGGCAACUCAGAGCUGCUCAGGGAUGGCAACCUCAACAAAGAGCAGAUGGAAAUGGCUGACUCCAUUCGCGUAUCGGCGGAUCUAUUGCUGACAGUCAUCAACGAUAUUCUGGACUUCUCCAAGAUGGAGGCCGACAAGAUGAAGCUGUAUAUCAUUGCUUUCAACCCUGAGGAGAUGAUUCGCGAGGUCGUCCGGGCUGCUUCUUACAGGAAUCGGGAAAAGACUUCGAAGACCAACGUCAAGAUCAUCCAAGACAUCAACCUGCCUCGCAUGCUCAUAUAUGGCGACCCCAUCCGCCUUCACCAAGUCUUGGGUAAUCUCAUUGGAAACAGUCUCAAGUUCACGGAAGAUGGUUCGAUUACUAUCGGCGCACGAAUUGACUCCGAGACCACAGAGCAGGUCACGCUCACUUUUUGGGUCAGGGAUACAGGCAUCGGGAUCCCCCCUCAGCAGCUCGCCAAACUGUUCCAACCCUUCAGCCAAGCCGACCCAAGUACUGCGCGGAAAUAUGGUGGCAGUGGCCUAGGUCUGAGCAUCUGCAAGUCACUGAUCGAGACAAUGAUGAAGGGCAAGAUUCAGCUCGAUAGCGAAGCGAAUGUCGGAACAACCGCGUGGUUCACGAUUACUUUUGACAAGGCCAAUCCCGAGGCAUCAGCCGGCGAUGUACAGCAGACUGUGGCCGCGCCCCCAACGGUAGACAGGCAAGAUGCCUCCCCACCGGCGCGGCGAAUGUCUGUGCUGAAUCCAUUCACCAAUCUCAUCUCGAUACCACGGGAACAGAUUCGUAUCUGUAUCGCCGAGGACAACCUCAUCAAUCAACGCAUUGCAAUCCAGUACGUUCGCAAGCUAGGCUACACCAACGUCGAUGCGUACGAGAAUGGUCUGAAAGCAGUCGAGGGGCUCCGGCGGAAAGCUCGAGAGGGCCAGCCGUACCAGGUCGUUCUGAUGGACGUCCAGAUGCCCGUCCUUGAUGGUUACGAAGCCACAAAACUCUUGCGCAAGGACGAGCUAGAAGAUGUCCGGAAGGUGCUUGUCAUUGCGAUGACAGCUUCAGCUAUUCAGGGAGAUCGAGAAAAGUGUCUGGCUGCUGGCAUGAACGAUUAUUUGGCCAAGCCCGUCAAGGCAGAUCUGUUGAAGCGGAAGCUCGACGCAUAUACAGUUGGGGCGCACGAACGCAACCUUGCACAGACGCAAUUGUCGAACGGGGCCGAACUUAUUCAGUCAACUACCACAACCAUUGUGACGCCGGCUCCAAGCCCACCAGUUAUCAAAGAGGGUGAGGUGGACUCAUCCACUUCGCCGCCUCUUGUGGUGCCUACUACAGACCCGUCUGGGCUCAUCCGGAGUCCCGAGCUGUAUUCGGCACCCAGCCUGACGUCAAGCGAUACUCGGCUGUCAGACCGUGGUUCUGUGACUGAUUUCACCUCAGAUGCAUCGAUCAUGUCCGGUCAGACUUCCCGAAGGCAACCCAGGAAGUUGACAAAAAGUCGAAACAGCAGCGAGGCGAAUGUGGCUAUCCCCGAAAGACCCAAGGGGGUGCUAAGGAAGAACCGGCGGCCAACAAGUGUCUCCAACGUCCACGACCUUGAUCGUGGCCACGAAUCCGGCGCACCACUUGGGUCAAAUCAGUCAAUCCGCUCUUCCGCCGACAACGACCGGCCUUCGAGCUUGAAGUCAAACAGCAGCAGCACCGGAACAAAGGGGGGCUUCUUCAUAAAGUAAAGCCCGUCGUGUAUAUGCUAGGUCAGGGGAACAGCACAUGUCAGUGCAUGUGUUUCGCGAGUGGGCUCAGCAUGUGUUCAAGCUCUCUUUCUGCAACUUUGGUCACCUUUGUGUUUUUGGCUCUUCAUUCUCCAUUUUCUAU